AUGCGAGAAUAUGGCAAUACUUCGGAUUCUCAAAUACUCGACGCUGGUUAUGUUGAUGCAGACGAAGAAAUGCCUGAGGCCGAGCGUGAUCUUGCAGAGGACGCACAAUGGAAAAUAAUUCAGAAAAAUACUUUUACUAGAUGGACAAACGAACAUUUAAAAAAGGUCAAUAUGGUCGUCGAGGAUUUGGAGUCUGACUUUUCUGAUGGCCUUCGGCUAGUUGGCUUGGUCGAGACACUUUCUGGACACAAAUUCAAAUACGUAAAUAAGAAGCCGAAUUUUAGAACACAAAAAUUGGAAAAUGUAACGUUGGUGAUGAGGUAUCUGGAGGAACAUGAAGGCCUUCGUUUGAUCAGUAUAGGUUUGUUGUGGAUAAAAGAAAAUAUUUCACUUUUAACUUUUAGACAGUAG